AUGAAGAGAAAGUAGGCACAGUUUGACUUUCAAAGGAGAAAGUUGCUAAAGCUAAAAAAAAGAAGAAAAAAAAAAGAACGCCUUCUACUGUCCCGACGGGCCGGGGCGGGGGGCGUGGCUUGAGGUGAGCAAGCCGCGCUCCUAUUGGCUGGGAGGCUCCUUCCCCGGGACGAGCGCGAGGAGGGCCAGGACAAGGAUGCGAUUGUUGUCUCGCGGCACCUCUGAGUGGACGUCGACACGCCCGUGGACACCUCGGAGGAGGGGAAAAGGACACUUUUAUCGCGCUUGGCGUGGCGGGAAAUGAGCGGGAAGUGAGACGACAGCACACCUGUUGGGACUUAAGCAUGGCCGAACACGAGAGUCCGGACUUCGGCAAGGCAGACUUUGUGCUGCUGGACAAUGUCUCCAUGGACGAAUUCAUGGCCAACCUCAAGCUCAGGUUCGAGAAGGGGCGGAUCUACAGCUACAUCGGCGAGGUGGUGGUGUCGGUCAACCCGUACCGCGCCAUGAACAUCUACGGCCGCGACAUCAUCGAGCAGUACAAAGGCCGCGAGCUGUACGAGAGGCCGCCGCACCUCUUCGCCAUCGCCGACGCCGCCUACAAAGCCAUGAAGAGGCGGAACAAAGACACCUGUAUUGUCAUCUCAGGGGAAAGCGGAGCAGGAAAGACGGAGGCCAGCAAAUACAUCAUGCAGUACAUCGCUGCCAUCACCAACCCCAAUCAGCGGGCCGAGGUUGAGAGGGUGAAAAACACGCUGCUCAAGUCCAACUGCGUCCUGGAGGCCUUCGGGAACGCCAAGACCAAUCGCAACGACAACUCCAGCCGCUUCGGCAAGUACAUGGACAUCAACUUUGACUUCAAGGGAGACCCCAUCGGAGGACAUAUCAACAACUACCUGCUGGAGAAGUCCAGAGUCAUCUUCCAGCAGGAAGGCGAGAGGAGCUUCCACUCCUUCUACCAGCUGCUGAAAGGAGCCCCGGAAUCACUGCUGCGUUCUCUACACGUCCAAAAGGACCCAAAGAGCUACAACUACAUCAAAGUGGGAGGCCAGAUAAAGUCGUGCAUCAACGACGGCGCCGAUUUCAAAGCCGUGGCCGAUGCCAUGAAGGUGAUCGGCUUCACGGGGGACGAGAUCCAGACGGCGUACAAGAUCCUGGCCACCAUCCUGCACCUGGGGAACCUGACCUUCGACUUGGACGGCGACGUGACUUUUAUCGAGAACGCCAAGCUGACGUCGGUGAUCGGGGACCUGCUGAGCACCAAGCAGGACAACGUGGAGAAGGCCCUCCUGUUCCGCACCGUGGCCACGGGCCGCGACGUCAUCGAGAAGCAGCACACGGCGCAGGAGGCCAGCUACGGACGAGACGCGCUAGCUAAGGCCAUGUACGAGCGUCUCUUCUGCUGGAUCGUGGGACGCAUCAAUGACAUCAUCGAGGUGAAGAACUACGACGCCAGAGUCCACGGGAAGAACACGGUCAUCGGGGUGCUGGACAUCUAUGGCUUUGAGAUCUUCCAGAACAACAGCUUCGAGCAGUUCUGCAUCAACUACUGCAACGAGAAGCUGCAGCAGCUCUUCAUCCAGCUGGUGCUGAAGCAGGAGCAGGAGGAGUAUCAGCGGGAAGGAAUCCCCUGGAAGCACAUCGACUACUUCAACAACCAGGUCAUUGUGGACCUGGUGGAGCAGCAGCACAAGGGCAUCUUCUCCGUGCUGGACGAGGCCUGCAUGAACGUGGGCAAGGUGACGGACGAGCUCUUCCUGCAGGGACUCAACGUCAAGCUGGCCAAGCACGCUCACUACACCAGCCGCAAGCUCUCACCCACCGACAAGAGUUUGGAGUUUGAUCGAGACUUUCGCAUCAGACACUACGCUGGAGAUGUGGCAUACUCAGUGGUGGGUUUCAUCGACAAGAACAAAGACACCUUGUUCCAGGACUUCAAGCGGCUGCUCUACAACAGUUCCAACGUGGUGUUGAAGGCCAUGUGGCCCGAAGGCAAGCUGGGCAUCACGGAGGUCACCAAGCGGCCGCUCACCGCCGCCACGCUCUUCAAAAACUCCAUGAUCUCGCUGGUGGAGAACCUGGCCUGCAAGGAGCCCUACUACGUCCGCUGCAUCAAGCCAAACGACGUCAAGUCGCCGCUCAUCUUUGAGCGUCAGCGCUGUCGCCACCAGGUGGAGUACCUGGGCCUGCUGGAGAACGUGCGAGUGCGCCGCGCGGGUUUCGCCAACAGACAGACGUACCCGCGCUUCCUGCAGAGGUACAAGAUGAUUUCCGAGUUCACCUGGCCAAACCACGACCUGCCCUCAGACAAGGACGCCGUCAAGAAGCUCCUGCAAGGUUGCGGCUUUGACCACGACGUGGCCUACGGCAAUACCAAAGUCUUUGUCCGCACUCCGCGCACACUCUUCAGCCUUGAGGAGCAGCGCACCGAAAUGCUUCAAAGAAUCGUCCUCUUCCUCCAGAAGGUGUGGAGGGGCACCAUCGCCAGGAUCCGGUACCGGCGCAUGCGGGCGGCCCUGGUCAUCCUGCGGGCCUACCGGCACUACAAGGUCAAGUCGUACAUCCGCGAGGUCAACCGCCGCUUCCGGAACGUGCGCUCCAUGAAGGACCACGGCAAGCGCGUCAAGUGGCCCACGCCCCCCAAGGUCCUGCGCAGGUUCGAGGAGGCGCUCAGGAGCAUCUACAACAGGUGGUGGGCGUGGACGCUGAUCAAAGGGCUGACUGCAGAGGAGGCCCUGCAGGUGAGGGCAAAGGUAGCCUGUCUAGAGGCCCUCAAGGGCCAGAGGGUGGACCUGGGCCUGCAGCGAGCCUGGGAAGGAAACUACCUGAAGCGAGAUAGUCCCGGCAGCGUCUCUUCCUUCACGCUGGUCUCCAGCGAGCUGCAGCGUAAAGACAAGUUCAUGAGGGUCCUCUUCGCGUGCCACGUGCGCAAGAUCAAUCGCUUCCACAAGGCGGAGGACAGAGCCGUGCUCAUCACAGACCGCCACCUGUACAAGAUGGACCCCCUGAAGCAGUACAAACCCAUGAAGAGCAUCCCCCUCUACAACGUGACGGGCCUGAGCGUUUCACCGGGGAAGGACCAGCUGGUGGUGUUCCACACCAAGGACAGCAGAGACCUGGUGGUGUGCCUGCAGGGCCUGGUGCCCGCCCACGAGAGCCGCAUCGGCGAGCUGGUCGGCGCUCUGCUAAGCCACUUCAAGAGCGAGCGCAGGAAGCUGCAGGUGAACAUCGUCAGCCCCAUCCAGUGCAGCAUGAACGGCAGGAAGUGCUCCGUGGUGGUGGAGCCCAAGAUCAACCAAUCACAGCCUGACUUCACCAAGAACCGCUCAGGCUACGUGCUAGCUGUACCCUCCAACUGAUGCUAGUUGGACCCCCAAAUGAUGCUAGCUUUACCCCCAACUGAUGCUAGCUGUACCCUCCAACUGAUGCUAGCUGUACCCUCCAAUUAAUGCUAUCUGUACCCCCCAACUGAUGCUAGCUGUACCCCCCACUGAUGCUAGCUGUACCCUCCAACUGAUGCUAGUUGGACCCCCAAAUGAUGCUGGCUGUAACCACCAACUUGAUGCUAGCUGUACCCUAACUGAUUGUAGCUGGAGCCCCAACUGAUGCUAGUUGUACCCCCAAAUUAUGCUAGUUGUACCCCCAACUGAUGCUAGCUGUACCCCCAACUGAUGCUAGUUGGACCCCCAAAUGAUGCUAGCUGUACCCUCCAACCGAUGCUAGCUGGACCCCCAAAUGAUGCUAGCUGUAACCACCAACUUGAUGCUAGCUGUACCCUAACUGAUUGUAGCUGGAGCCCCAACUGAUGCUAGUUGGACCCCCAAAUUAUGCUAGUUGUACCCCCAACUGAUGCUAGCUGUACCCCCAACUGAUGCUAGUUGGACCCCCAAAUGAUGCUAGCUGUAACCACCAACUAAUACUAGCUGUACCCCCAACUGAUGCUAGUUGGACCCCCAAAUGAUGCUAGCUGUAACCACCCAAAUGAUGCUAGCUGUACCCCCAACUGAUGCUAUCUGUACCCCAACUGAUGCUAGCUGGACCCCCAAAUGAUGCUGGCUGUAACCACCAACUUGAUGCUAGCUGUACCCUAACUGAUUGUAGCUGGAGCCCCAACUGAUGCUAGUUGGACCCCCAAAUUAUGCUAGUUGUACCCCCAACUGAUGCUAGUUGGACCCCCAAAUGAUGCUAGCUGUAACCACCAACUAAUACUAGCUGUACCCCCAACUGAUGCUAGUUGGACCCCCAAAUGAUGCUAGCUGUAA